GGAUGGGAGUGAGGGCGGGGGAGGCGGGAAGGCGGGGUCGAGGGGAAAGAAAGAAAGGAGGGUGAGGACCCGGAUGCUGAACCGGAUUGUGUAUGAAUUUUCCAUCCUCGCUGGAGAAGGGGAGGAGCGGAGGGUGACCUCGUAGGGCGGAAGGGGGCAUCCCAGCCGAGAGGAAGCAGGAACCUCACCGGCCCUGCGGGCUCCGAUUAGCAAAGGAGCGCCGGGAAGCGCUUUGGCCAAGUCUCUGCGAAAAAUCUGCCUCGAAGUUACUUAAAUCCGCUGCCUGUAGCUCGGGCAGUUUUGUUCAGGUCUGUCACCUCCCGGGGUUUGAGUGAAAGGAUCCGUUCUGCGUUUCCAGCUGCACUGAUAAUCGUCUGGCACUACUUAGCAAUUUUGAAAUCAGAUCAUUCCCUUUAAAAAAACAAAAAGCAACUUGCACGGUAUUCUGACUUUUUAUACUGCAAGUUUAUGCCCUGAUUUCAUCCUCCAGCGCGUUAGAACCAUGAGGUUCAUUCAGUCCUUCCCGUGCUUAUUGGGCGCCUGCCGUCUGGAAAACGAUCAGCUUUGAAGUUUAAAAACAAUGGAGAAGACUCAAGAAACAGUCCAAAGAAUUCUUCUAGAACCCUAUAAGUAUUUACUUCAGUUACCAGGUAAACAAGUGAGAACCAAACUUUCACAGGCAUUUAAUCAUUGGCUAAAAGUUCCAGAAGACAAACUACAGAUUAUCAUUGAAGUGACAGAAAUGUUGCAUAAUGCCAGUUUGCUCAUCGAUGAUAUCGAAGACAACUCAAAACUCCGACGUGGCUUUCCAGUGGCACACAGCAUCUAUGGAAUUCCAUCUGUCAUCAAUUCUGCCAAUUACGUGUAUUUCCUUGGCCUCGAGAAAGUCUUAACCCUUAAUCACCCAGAUGCAGUGAAGCUUUUCACCCACCAGCUUUUGGAACUCCAUCAGGGACAAGGUCUAGAUAUUUAUUGGAGGGAUAAUUACACUUGUCCCACUGAAGAAGAAUAUAAAGCAAUGGUGCUGCAGAAGACAGGUGGACUCUUCGGAUUAGCAGUAGGUCUCAUGCAGUUGUUCUCUGACUACAAAGAAGAUCUAAAGCCACUGCUUAAUACACUGGGGCUCUUUUUCCAAAUUAGGGAUGAUUAUGCUAAUCUACACUCCAAAGAAUAUAGUGAAAACAAAAGCUUUUGUGAAGAUCUAACAGAGGGAAAGUUCUCCUUCCCUACUAUCCAUGCUAUUUGGUCGAGGCCUGAAAGCACACAAGUGCAGAAUAUCUUGCGUCAGAGAACCGAGAAUGUAGAUAUUAAAAAAUACUGUGUACAUUAUCUUGAGGAUGUAGGUUCUUUUGAAUACACUCGGAGUACUCUUAAAGAGCUUGAAUCUAAAGCCUAUAAACAAAUCGAUGCACGUGGUGGGAACCCUGAGCUUGUAGCCCUAAUUAAGCACUUAAGCAAAAUGUUCAAAGAAGAGAAUGAAUAAUAUUAAGCCAUUUCCAGUUAGACCUGGUAGCUUAUUGCAGUUGACUAUUUUUUUGUCUUUUAGCCUAUCACUUUUUAAAAAAUUUGGACCGAGCUGUCACUCUCCACAAACCGAAUGAAUAAGGGUGAUGUAAAUGAGGUGGUUUUGAUUUAGAACCCCUUUGUAUAGAUAAUCAUCAUAGUACAAAGUUGAAAGAAUCAAAACAGGCCACAUUUAAGUAGGUCUGAUUUGAAUGUCAGAAUGUGCUAUGUCUGGACCUUAUGGACAACUGCCACAAAUGUUCUGUUGAUUCUGUCAAUAAAGAAGACUUCAGCUUCCAGGAAUUUUUAUCCAGAUACUUCCUAACUGUGCUAUAUGGACAAUUUCCCAUUCGUUUACCCCAGUUUCAAGUCAGUGACUCCUUGGGACCAGUUUCUGUAGCGAGCUGGCCCGAAGACCACUGGACCUCCUCUUCCUAAAUGUUGUUACUUAUAAUAUCUCGGUCUCUUCUUGGAAACUCCCUCACUAAAGUCUUCCAUGAAAAAGCUGACCUUGAUAAGCAUUAAGUGCACUAGUCUUUUUUUCUUACCCCCUUCCUUUUUUUCCUUCCUCCCUGCCCAGCAAAUUCUGCUUUUUAACCAGGGAGACUCCACUUAAUGAAAUUUAUACGCUAGUCCAAAUUCAUUCAUUUUUUUCCUUAUAAUUUGUGUCCCCAAAACAGAUUGAUACCUGGAUACAGCAAUGUCUUUCCAUUUGAGAAGAAACAAAAGGU